AUGAGUUCUCCGCCCUCGUCGCCUCCACCGCCGAUCGACGACGACAUUUUGGCGUUGGGCGAGAGAAUUAUGAAAUUUGACGCGCUGUAAGUCUUCUUUGGCCUAAAACGCGUAAUUCAGCAUUGAAACUGUCGCAAAACGCUCAAAAUAACAAGAAAACGCUGAAAAAUAAGUUUUUCAGAAUAAACGAGCGGAUGUCGAGCGGAACAAUCAUAUCGGCGGACGAAGAGCUCAUGGAUCGGGCGGUACACGUCAAACACGCGUGUUGGAAGCUCAACGAGUUUUGUAAUGUAAGAAGUUUGAGAAAAAAUGACGAAAAAUCGAUAUUUGCAGGAGAUGUGGAUAAACGGAGUGAUCGGAGUGACGUUCACCGGAAAACAGAAGAGCGACGAGGGUGUCGAGGGCACAAAGUACGGGGUUUUACGCUAAAAAUUGCAAAUUUGUUUCAUUUUCAGAGUGCAAUACGACCUCCGAUCGGAACCCGCCCAAACCCGGACGUGUUUCUACGCCGUCGAUGUGAUCGAGGCGGCGAAAUGGCAUUUGGCGUGGCUCACAGACACGAAAGUGUUCAUCGACUCGGCCACCGUCGAUAUGGUACGGACAAUGUGAAAAAUGCUGCGGAAAAAGAAAAAACCCACGAAAUUUCACAAAACCCGCCCAUUUUGUUUGCAGGAAUUCGACGCAGGCCUGAUGAUCGAGCCGCGGACGUUCCGAGUGAAACAUUUGAACAUUUCCGUACAGACCAACUACACCUCGAUCCACGGAUGGCUCCAGCACGUGGAUCCGGGCGUCGAGUCGUUCAUCUUCCGCGGAAACGGCAUCCUCAACGCCAACAAACUGCUCACCAACCCGUUUGUGCGUAAAACGAGACAUUUGCAAUAAUCAAUGAACCGAUCGGGACCAAACUUGACAGAAUUCUUGGACUUGGAUUGUAGUAUGCUGGGCCAAAGUUUGAGACUGAUCCGAUUAUCUGGCACCGAGAUAUGUAGAUUUUCGCAAAAACUUGGUCUGAUCGACUUGGUCCCACAUAUCUCGGGACCAGAUGAUUGGAUCGGUCUGAAACUUGGGCCCAAUGUACUUCAAUCCAAGUUCAAACAGCCUGCAAAGUUUGGGUUCAAUCGGAAAUGUGUGAACCGACGAAGUCCAAGCUUUGGCGGACCUUAAAACAAAAAUGUCUCUAGUUUUGCAGGUGAGCAAGCUGAAAAAGCUGAUGAUAGUGUACGAGAGCUCGUUCGACGACCGCACACUCAAUCUGCUCACCGCCGAGCACAUUCAACUCGCUUCCGACUUUGUCACCGAUCACGGCAUCAACCGAAUGCUCCACGUCAGUUUUUAGCACCGAAGUUCUCGAACAAUGUCGAGUUCUUGCAGCGCUGGAACGACGAAGACUACCCGAUCCGAUCGACAUUCGUCAUUUACAUGCAAGUCAACAGCGCCGAUCGAAUUCUGGCCGGAAUGAACGUUCAGGAGACGGUGCACAGUGAAAUGUAGGCGAAUUGAACGGGAAACACCAGAUUUGACGACAAAAUGCACAGAUUCGCCGAAGUCUCCGAGCACCUGAUCCAAAUGAAGAAUCCGGACAAGCGGAUGCGGCUGAUCUGCCGCACCAGCUCGGUGAUUUGCACCGUUUUCGCCGUCGACAAUUCGAUUGCCGAAAAAUAG